AGCGCUGGUGCAGCCGAACAGCUGUUUUCGUCGACACGUGUCGGAAAAAAGGAAAAUUCCUGUGCAGAGUGGACAAUGCCGAGGGCGCGCAUCCUGGAGGGGACAGCCGGACAGAGGUCGCCCCCCUCCCCUCGGACUCCCUACGUCGGAUCGGAGCUAUAAUCAUGGCCGGGAGCUCAGAUUCGAUUGGAGACGACGACUGGCGACUGGAUUCUGGUGGCUGGUGCGAUGGAAAGACCGACAAGGUCGCGUGUGCCGUGGGGAAUGGGGCCUGCUCCACCUCUGCCUGUACCGGCCCCGCGACCCCCCUGCGUGCUGCCUGCCGCCUUCCUGCUGUUCUCGCGCCAGGAGCACAUUGGCCGCAUCUCGACCGAGUUCAGCGAGGGGAGCGGAAUCACGACGACGAGCGAUACCCUUCAAAGAUGUGGGCGAUGCGCACGCCCUGGACGUGUCGGUGGCGGAGCGGUGCAUCUACUGGGCUGACGAGAAGACCAAGUGCAUCUUCCGGGCCUUUCCCAAUGGCUCCUAUGUGCAGCGGAUGGCGUACGAUGGCCGUAUCCGAGCUGCAACCAUGGCCGGGAGCUCAUAUUCGACCAGGAGACGAGACGCCUCUACUGGAUGGCAAGAAGCGUCGGAUACUGGUUGCCAGCUAGGACUAAGUGUACUGGAGCGACUGGAGCACCGCGGACAUUUAUCAAGACGGGCCAGCCGCAGCCUCGCCAAGAACGUGCCCUGCAUUCCCCCCAGCUACGACAGACUGCCCAAAUGUGCCGCUGCCGGUGUCCUGGCAUGUCCAUGAAGGCGAGGCGUCUGCUCUUCUCGACAGAUGUCGGCAGCCAUCAGGCCAUCAUUCGGGCCCGAGUCGAUGGCAAUGAGCGUGUGGAACUGGAAGGAGUCACGGCGCUGGCCCUGGACCAACAGUCCGAUAAACCAUGCGUAUCGAAGUUAUAGACAUCGAUGGAAAGAACAAGUAAUCAACAUUGCCGCUUUGGGGUGAGGAAUGGGUACGUACCAUGCAUAUGCGGCAACCGGGCUGGAAAACUAAUUCAUAAUUAAUUAUAUACACAUUCGCGGCUAAUGAUGGUGGUGGCAGGACUGGGAGGACUGGCGCGUGGACAAUUUGAGUGCAGCGGUAGUGCGGCUCUUUCCAUUAAAGUAAUUGACAGAGAUUUCUCCACAAUGGCGGGUCAACACUUGCUGCCCAGUCCCCGGGGUCGACUUACUCAAGUGUUUGCGUUCCCAGGUAAACACUUGGGUGAUUGGAGGAUAUUUCCACAGCACUGGACGAACCAUGAGGCAGCUGCUGAUUCUGCUGAGGACGCUCCUCGUACACGGAUUCGUGGCCCUGUUCACCGUGCUCACCCGCGUGCUCCAGGCAGCCCUCAAUCUGUGGCAUUCGCUGGCCCUCUAAUCAUCUAAUGGUCAGUGGAAGGAGACGCCAAAAAAUGUUUGCCCACCCUGGGUGCCUGGUACCGAUAAGGGCUGUACGCCUACCUGCCGUUCAAUGUGUGUUUUCUCCACUUAUCCGCAAAGCAAUCAAUACUACUUACCUUAUCGCCCUCGCACCUCGGCCGUCAGAAGGUAGGGGAACGACGACAAUCGCGGUGGAGGAAGGCGUCGCAUUAUCUGAAGACCAGCUAAUGCCAAUUGUCAAUGGCUGCUCGUUCAGGUCGGAUCGUCAAUGGGUGUCGGCGCCCGACCCAGCUGCUGUUGCUGCUUUUGUUGGCUGUCUUCCUCCUGGGCACUCUGCUAGUGCUGUACAAGCUCAACCACUCGCCGUUGAUCCACCAGUAUGACAUUCUGCAGGAGUACCUGGAGAGCAACCCCCAGAAGAGCUCCCGAACGCGCUCCAUUCUGCUGUGGAGCAGCUUCUUCGGGGAUCCGCGCUGGGGCUUGCCCGCGGACUCGCUGGGGCCGCAGGAGCUGCGCGAGGACCUGCACUGUCCCGUGUAUCAGUGCGAGGUGACCAACAGCCAUGACUUCCUGCCCGCUCUGGAUCUGUACGACGCCAUUGUGUUCCAUAUGGCCGAGCAUUUCCCCUUUCUGCAGCCUGUGCCCGCGAGCCGCAGUCCGCACCAGGCCUAUGUGUUCGCCCUGAUGGAGUCGGCUGGCGAGACCAAGCACCGGCUGAGUGACGAGCGGGACUUCUAUAACCUCACCAUGACCAAUCGCCUUGACUCGGAUGUGGUGUGGCCCUAUGGCCAGCUGCAGGACAUCGAAACGGGCGCCGUUGUGGCCCCCAGUGCCCAGCCCCACUGGCGCCAGCCGCCCACAAAAGGUACCUGGAACGACACCCGGGCAGAGGGACUGUGGCAGAGCAAGACCAAGAUGGCAGCAUGGUUCGUGUCCCACUGCCAGACGCUGUCUCGGCGCGAGAACCUAACGGCGGCCCUGCAGGAGCAUUUAGAGGUGGACGUAUACGGCAAGUGCGGACCCCUUAGCUGUGAUCGCGGCGACCCGCACUGCGAUGAGAUGCUGGACACGGACUACAUGUUCUAUCUGGCCUUUGAGAACUCGCUGUGCGAGGACUAUGUGACGGAGAAGCUCUUUGGAGUGCUGGAGCGCCACAUCAUACCCGUGGUGUUUGGCGGGGCCGAUUACACGCGCUUCCUGCCACCGCACUCCUACAUCGACGCGAAUCGCUUCGACAGCGCCCACGAGCUGGCCGAGCACAUGCGUUUCGUGGCCGGCGAUUUGGAAGAGUACACGAGCUUCUUCUGGUGGCGCCAGCACUACCGCCUGGUCACCGUCUCCCCCUUCUGCGACCUUUGCGCCCGUCUGCACUCGUCCGCUCAGCGACAUAGGUCCCAGGUGUACGGCGACAUCCAGUCCUGGUGGUUCAACAGCUGCCGGUUCAAGGCAAACAUCCGAUUCUGAGGGCGACGCACGAAAAGGAAGAGGACGGCGCUAUGCGACAGCCGCACGCGAGAAAGCGGGAUAGCAGGCAUGCGACUGUUUGCAUACGAUAUGGAAAACAUUUUCUUGUGUCUCCUGCUCCAACUGUCAUGGCCAUGCCCACCUACCAAUAAUUGUGUGACAAAGCUCGAAGCCCCGGCCCGAAAGAUAAGAUAUGCGGGGAGCCGGCUACGACUACUAUUUGACAUUAUCGCCGUCUAAUGCAGCACUGACUCAUCCACAAUCGCAACUACAACUAAUCCAAAAGCGUCACAUUAUCGCCAUUAUGAGCCUCUAGGGGCGAUAAGAGUACACACACUUACCCAUACACGUACGCACGCACACACACGCACCUUUGUGUAAGUUUAAUUUGUUUCGAUUCCUAUGUAGACCCCUGGGCCAUCAUUAUUUCUUCCAAUUUACAGCUGUAACCCUCUCCUGUAUUACUAUUUUAAUAAUUAGUUUAUCUUAGUCAGUAAGUAAGUAAGAUAAUCUGUAGAACAACUGAAAUUACUAGCUCCAAUUCUUUGUCAUAUGCAUGCCAGUUUGUGGUGGCAGUUUAGGGUAACUCUCUGAUGUUACUAACUUAUUUUACAAUGAAUAUUCACCAUUAUUAAUUAGA